CACGGCGGAACCUUCUACGCGAUCGUCGACAUGGGCCAGACAGACCUAACCCUGGACCCGGACGAGGGCCAGCGGAUUGUUGAAUACGGCGAGCGUAUCAAGCGCGCUGUCCAAGCCACCGUGCACCCCGUCCACCCUGAGAAAUUUGGCCUUCAUGGCGUGACCAACCUCAUCUUCACGGUGCCCCUGACAGAGGGCGUGAAUGGGACGACGGCGCAGAAUGCGGUGGUGGUGUCCCCUGGGCGAUUGGACCGCAGCCCUUGUGGAACCGGGGCGUGUGCACGCAUGGCGCAGUUGCAUGCGAGAAAUCAGCUGGCUGUGGGCGAGCCGUUUCUGCAUACGAGCAUCAUCGGGACUGGGUAUGUUGGUUCGAUCACGGGGACCACCAGGGUUGGAGAGUACGAGGCAGUACGGCCGAGGGUUAAAGGGAGUGCUUGGAUUACUGGCUUCCAACAGGUCGUUGUUGAUCCGACGGAUCCUUUCCCGGAAGGAUUCCGGGUUGGCGAUUCGUGGCAUGUCUCGAAGGUCCCGGGGCCUGCUGGUUCGAGGAUAGAUGUUAAGCUGUGA